UCGGAGUUCCAAGCUCAGCAGUCAACACUGUAAAGUCAGAAUUAAAAGAGAGAGAAAGUUACUGUUAUUUUUUUUUUUAUUAUCAGUCUUCAGUUAAAAUACCAACAUGGAUUUCCAAGAUAACCUGAUGGAAGAAAUUCAGACUUGGGCGAGCGAAGGAUGCACACCCACAGGGCGCAGUGGUCAUCGGAUAUCCUGUACUGAAUCAUUCCUCUUCUGUGUGGGCGGCUACCAUCCAGACCACGGCCCGCUGCAAGAUGUCUGGCGUCUCAACCUCUCGACCGGCGAGUGGGAAAAGCUAUCCUCCUCCUCCUCGACGCCCGGAGAAACCGUGUCCCACUGCCUCGUUUCGACUGAGGACGAGCUCCUCCUCUUCGGCGGCACGAGCUUCCCCUUCGGCAGCAGCAUCGGCGUCGACGUCCAUGCCUGCGACAAGAGGACGGGCGAAUGGAGGGCCCUCGAGAGCCACGGCGAGACGCCCCCCGCGCUCUACGGCCAGGCCUCUCGUCGCGUCGGGGACUACGUGUAUACUGUAGGAGGGACGUCGGGAUAUCACUUCUCUUUGCACGCCCACGCCCUCCACCUGCCGACGGGGACGUGGUCCAGCCUCGCCACAAACGACCUCUUCAAGGGCGAGGAACCGUCGGGGAGAUACCGGGCGGAGAUCGGCGUUGUUCCGGGUCGCAUUGUGGUGGUCGGAGGAGCCGCCGCUUCCUCUGUCUACCCGCUGGAUGAGGUGCCUGUACUAGAUGUCGAUACCGGAAAGUGGGCGGUUAAGAAAACCAACCCUGACCCACUCGUUCACGCCCACCCCAGCCCACGUCGGUGCCAUGCUGCUGUUCAGAGGGGGAAAGACCUGUACAUCAUCGGGGGCACAGACGGCACCGAGAUUUUUGACGAUGUUUGGAAGCUGGACUUGCACUCGCUGUCGUGGGCGCGUCUUGCUCUCGUCCUCCCCCGCCCACUCUAUUUCCACGACGCUGCAGUCACGCCCGUAAGUAGUGUUGGGUUGUGUUAUGGGCGCGGGGGGGGGGGGGAAAGGGUGUUCUUUUUACGCCGGGGGCCCCUGGCCCUCGCUCGCAAGAGGUCUUCGUCGCUAUUUCGAGCCAGGCUAGACGCGCCUCCUCUCCUCGAGGCUGCUUGGGAGUCCUUCGCCAGCCACUGCCCCACGAUCAUCACGCCCUUGCCCGCCUCCGUCACGCCCUCGAGUGCGACGCCCACAGCCCACGAUUUCCUGGCCGCGGGCGUGCCUCGGAGACUCAUGCAAAGGCUGGUCAAACUGCACUGA